AUGUAUAGCCAAAUAAUACGAUUCGUCGCUGUAGAAAAUAAAGCCGGGUUCUGCUAUGCGUGUCCAAUUUUCACCUAUGGGGGUCGAGGAACGUUGAAACCAGGGUGUCGACCUGCAGAACAUGCCAUCAUAUACUACACAACGCUGCAGUCCCCUACUCUUCUACCGGGGGAAAACGAACUAAGGUAUGAACCGAUUGGAGUUCUUCCACCCGCAGCGGAGAGGCAGCCUCUAAAUGUAGCGUGUCGCAUACGCUUCGGAAAACUAUACCCCAUAGAGUGGAAUGUGAAGGUUAAAGAUCUUGGGAGAGUGGCUGAUGAGGAUAUGGGCAGAUUGAUACACUACUACAAGAGCGAGCUCGACAAACCGAGAUAG